CAAAAUCCCAACAAAAAUCAUCUCCUCUUUCCCGCCUACUAAUCUUCUCCUUCGACGGCUUCCGCGCUGACGCCCUCUCCGCCUCGGUGACGCCCACUCUGUACAGCCUGGCGGCGACCGGGGUCACCGGGCACAUGCGGCCCACCUUUCCCUCAAAGACCUUUCCCAACCACCACUCAAUCGCCACCGGGCUCUACCAACCAUUCCACGGCGUCGUCAACAACAUCUUCAUCGAUCCCGAAACAAGUGAAGAGGAGGAGGAGAAGAAGUUCAGCGUCGACAACGGCAGCGCCUUCUGGUGGGACAUCCGAAGUCUCAACUGGACGGCGGCCAUUGACCUGAUCUUCGACCAGUGGCUCCUAUCUCCUUCAAGUCCGGCAAAUCUAGUAAUGGCCUACUUCCACGAACCUGAUUCGACCAGUCACGACCAUGGGCCCUUCAGCCCCGAA